UGGAGGAAGUCAACUUUCUGUUAGGACACGGCUCGUUUGUGUGUUAUGUUCAGCUGACACUGCGCUCCCCGUAGGCUUGUGGCAGUUGAGUUUAUGUAAAAUCAUGAUGGCGGCGGCCUGUGUGAGGACGCUUAGUAAGGUUGGACGGUUAGUUUUAGACACGCAGACAUCCGCAGCAUUAGCGCCGAGAAUUUCCAUGAGAUGCCAAAGAAGAGCUUAUGGUACCGGCGGAGCAGGAUUUAGAUCCCGACUCUCGCUCGCUGCGCCGGUGCGUGCCAGUGGGACAGUCCUGGGAUGCGCUUUCCUGCUCGGUGGUGGUUUCGGCUUGUACCAGACCCUCAAACUCACGCUUCAGCGUCACCUUGCAGAGGAAAAAGCAAAUGCACCUGAGCUGGGGACGGAUCUGAAGUUGACUCUGUAUCAGUAUAAAACCUGUCCGUUUUGCAGCAAGGUGCGAGCCUUCCUGGAUUAUCAUGGUCUGCCGUAUGAAAUUGUGGAGGUCAAUCCUGUUAUGCGACAGGAGAUCAAGUGGUCCACUUAUAGAAAAGUUCCCAUCCUGAUGGUGAACGGGAUGGUGCAACUCAACGAUUCUUCUGUAAUAGUUAGUGUUUUGAAGACAUACCUGGUCAGCAAGGAAAAAACUAUAUCUGAGAUUCUCGCUUGUUAUCCUGAGAUGAAGGCAAAAAAUGACAGUGGAAAAGAUGUGAUCGAGUUUGGCAAUAAAUACUGGGUCAUGGUGCGAGAUGCAGACGCUGAUCAUCUAUAUCCUGGGAAAGACACCAGAAAAGAGGAGAUUAAAUGGCGGAAAUGGGCAGAUGAGUGGCUGGUGCACCUGAUUUCCCCAAAUGUUUACCGUACGCCAACUGAAGCCCUUGCAUCCUUUGACUACAUAGUACGAGAAGGCAAAUUUGGCACAUUUGAGGGAUUUUUUGCAAAGUAUUUUGGAGCUGCUGCCAUGUGGAUCAUUUCAAUGAGAUUGAAAAAUAAACACCAUCUGCAAGAUGAUGUGAGACAGGAUCUAUACAACGCUGUCAAUGAUUGGGUGGCAGCCAUUGGAAAAAACAAGGAAUUCAUGGGAGGCGAUCAACCCAACCUUGCAGAUCUGGCUGUGUUUGGUGUUCUGAGGGUUAUGGAAGGCCUUCAGGCAUUUGAUGAUAUGGUGGAAAAUACCAAGGUGAAGAACUGGUACCGACGUGUGCAGAAGGCCACACAACGAGUGUCAUAAAACCAAAGCUUCUGUCGUCGCUGCACCAACUUGAAGCACUUGAUAACACAGCACAACUUUAAACAACAGACUUGAUGCCAUGGUAGUCUACUGGUUUUGCAAAUCUUAAAAGACUAAUUUUUGUUCAGUAAUUGAACUGGCUUUGCUUGGACUGUAACCAUGGAGCUAAGAAUUUAAUCUGAAGAGAUUCAAAAAAAGAAAAAGAAAAUACCAUACAAUGCUGCCCCCCCCCAUGAUUUGUUUUACUACUAAACUGAAAGUAUGGAUAUCUCUCAUAGUUAGUGUUUUCUUUUUUGUAAAGCAAAGAGCAACCUGGACCAAAUGCUCUUUAAAGUAAAACAACCUCAUAUAAUCUGUCGAGGUUGUGAAUGGGUUUUAGAGGCAUUGUUCUGAAAUCAUCCUAUUUUUUCCAUCUUUGUAAACUAUCUUGAAAACAGGUUAGCGACACAUUGAUAAUCUAGUGAUUGUCUUUUUUUUUUUUUCAACAAAUGACAUUUAUUUUCAUUUUUAAUUUUUUUCAUAAGUAACUCUUUCUUGUUGUGAAUUUUUUUGUUUUGGUACUUUUGUAAUAUUAAAGUGCUGCCACUCAUCAUGUGAUGUUCAGGGUACGUAAACAGAUGAGCUCAGCCCUGAUAGAUCAUGUAGAUACUUACGUCUACCUCAGCUUGGCUUACUGUUCUCUGUUCAUAAAUGUCCAAUCUGAGGUUGCAGUGACUUUAUCUAAAGCUGUGGUUCACUGAAUGUUCAUAUUAAUGUGUUUCAUCCUUGGGUUUUCAAGGGGUUUAACUUAAAAUGUGAUCUUACUGAGUAAUGGUUAUGUGAAAGAGAUUUGGACAUUUGGAGUGUCCAGUUAACCAAGAACUUUUGCCUAUGCAUCAUCUUUUGAUGACAAAAGUGAUCAAUAUUUGUCAAUGAAAUAAAGUAAAAAUCUCAAGCAAA